CUCUCUCUUCUCUGUUACUCUGGAGACAGCUUCUUUGUGUCGUGUCUUCGGUAGAGAAACCCAACGACAUUGUUGAGUUGUGGUUAGUUAAAAGGGCGAUGUUGAUGGCCGCCUAGUAAACAUCGAACACCUCCCCCACAUUUUCUUUUUCUCUUUCUCGGAUCUCUCAGAUAGUCUCUUCGAUCUCAUCGCCCACCUUUCCCCUACAAAAUCCCUUUAUUUUUUCGUUCCGUUUUCACCGCUUUUCAUUUUCCAUCUUGAGUAGAGAGACUAGAGAGAGCUAAGAACGAAGAAACCAUCGAAAUCACUUUCCACAUUUAUCUUAAUUUCUUGUUUUCUGUAUUCUAAUUUCCUCUCUCUCAUAAUGGCGUCGUUAACGGUGCCCUGCCCUAAAACCUUCUCCCUUCCCCGUCUCGGAUCCACGAAUAAAAGCCAGCACAAGCUGCUCUUCUUUCGUCGCGUGUCCAGUCCCACGCCGUCUGUCUUACUCGGAUCUUCGCUAAGCCAUAACUGGAAGCAAUACAGGGAUUGGAAGGUGUGUGCAAAGCUUAAUGAGCUUACGGCCGAGAAAUCUUCAAAUUCUGCACCCGUACUUCCAACGAUAUCUGGAGUUGUAUCACCAAAAGGGAAAGAUGAGUCGGCACAUCUUGAUCAAGAUACUGUUCAAGAUGAAUCGUCAUUCUCGGCAUUCAUGUCUCAAGUAUCCGAUCUUAUCAAGCUUGUUGAUUCAAGAGAUAUUGCUGAACUGCGGCUGAAGCAGUCAGACUGUGAGAUCUUAAUAAGAAAAAAGGAAGCUUUACAGCCAGCUACACCAGCUAGUAUGCCACCACCUCUACCACCCUAUGCAAUGCUUCCGUCUCCUCCUCCACCAGCAACGUCAGCUGCUCCUGCUUCAGCACCAGCACCUGCCUUACCUGCUCCUGCAAAGGCAAACACUUCGUCUCAUCCACCACUGAAAUCCCCCAUGGCUGGAACAUUCUAUCGUUGUCCUGGACCUGGUGAACCACCAUUUGUCAAGGUAGGAGAUAAAGUCCAAAAAGGUCAGGUCAUUUGCAUCAUUGAGGCCAUGAAACUGAUGAAUGAAAUUGAGGCUGAUCAAUCUGGAACAAUAACAGAGAUUCUUUUAGAGGAUGCGAAACCAGUUAGUGUAGACACGCCUCUUUUUGUCAUUGUACCGUGAGUUACUUGGUGACGUCCUCCUCCAAACUUCUGUGUGGUAGUCACUCUUUUGGGUUUAAUUUUCAUUGGAUUGUCAGAAUUUAGUAAUGUUUCUGUUACUCUGUAAUUUCUUAUUUAAUAAGGUUUGAUUAAGGAUAUUUAUUCUCUGUUAACGUUAUGAUUACUACGUGUCAUUUACGGCCAUAAAGUUGUAGAAUAUAAGAGUGGCAUUGGAACGUA